AUGGCUGCCGAUCAGCCAAGUUCUGCAUGGCACCCUGCACUCAUGCCCAACCACGAUGCUCCUGCGUCAACAGCCAACGACUCGUCGCAAGCCAAAGAAUCACCACCCGGGUCCCCGGACUCGCUCCACAAUGGCACGCCAUUAGAGCCUGAACCUGGCCACUUUGAUCUCGACGCUACUCUGGUUGCCGAGAAUGACCAAUCAUUCACGGGAGAAGCAGACAACGAGCACGAGCACGAACACGUCCAAGGUGGUGCCUGGCUGCCCUCCGAACAGACCGCACCAUCCUCACAACCCAACGAUACCCCAUCUGCAACAACUAAUGAAAAAACUCCCUCGGCUACCAAUGCGCAACACUCGAGUUCAAUGUCUUUCGCUCGUACAGUUUCACAUGAACUCAACUUUCACGAUGAUGAAGAAUCAGACUGGAACCUAUCGCGAUCCAACACUGACCCAUUUAAGUUCAUGGGUCCUUCAGAUCGAUCAAAUUCGUUCCCAGAAGUUCCGCCGAUAACCCCUUCUCAUGGAGGCAACUCCUCAGCAUUGAACCAGACGGUUGAUCUUUUAGAAGACCCCGAGGAUCUUUCAGAUUCGGAAUACCCUCAUCAGUCGCAAGAACCGUCAUCCGAUGCUCCUGCGACGGCGUCAGGCCUCCCUCGCACCCGGCACCGUCCGUCGCACUCGAUUGGUGGCAACGUGCAAGGCUUCCAGGGUGAAGUGGCCGACGCACGAUAUGAGGAAGGUUUGCCUUUGCUUUCAGCUGAGCAAGGAUCGGAUGCUCCAGCAAGCCCGAGCAAGCCUGCUGUGGCAGAUGAACCAUCCAAUUUCUUUGGUGACAAUGAUGGAAACGACGAUGAUUUCUUUGCCUCGACAGCUGCCGAAGUUCAGACUCAAGCGGUAGAUGCUGAGCCACCCAUUCGCCCACUGGAACGCAAGUCGACAAGUCAGGUUUUACAAGGGUUUGAGUCGGACCCCCUUUCUCCCCGCAAGACCAUGGAUACCACUCUGGAGGAAGAAGAAUCUGGAGACAAACCGGCCAAUUCUGGGGAAAUGGAUGCGAAAUGGCAAGAGGCGUUUGGUGAUGACGAUGAAGAUGGUGGCUUUCUACUUGAUAAUGCCGGGAAUGGGACUGAGGAGGUUGACCCUGCAGCCUUUUUGGGCAGUGAUGAUGAGGGCCUUCUCGAGGACGAUGAAGAGGAGGAGACACAACCUCCUACAGCUUCCCAAGCGCCGCCGAUCCAACCACCGUCACGACAGGCCUCAAUCUCGAAUCCGUAUGCACCUCAAAAUGCUCGUGGGUUCCCUACUGCUCCUGCGGUAUCUUCGUCGCCUUUCUACUCCCAACCAACUUCCUCAACCAACUUCACACCACAGCAGCAUGCUCAAGUCCCAGCUGCCCAGCCAGUUCCAGAACCUACGAAGGCUCAAAGCUUCGCCGAUAAAUCGAAGGGAGGCUAUCACUCACCUUAUGACCUUCCUUCCGAUAUAGCUGCCAGUGUCCCCAAGUCUCGCAGAAGGCCCAGCGCGCAAUCAAGUCGCUCCCCGUCCAUUGGAUCGCAGCCUCCGCCUCCAUCAAGAAGCGCAAGCAUGAACUCUCCAGCUCCACCACCGGCUGGCUCCCAUCCUCCAUCUACUCCCUCCCAGAAGCCAAUGACACCCCUAUCCCGCAGCAACAGUAGCUUCUUCGAAGAGCUGCCUAUGACUUCGAAACCGCGGUCGGCAUCAAGACAAAGCAUGCGCACUGAAUCCCCAGCUCCUCCCAUGAGCCCACCAAAAGGCCCUCCCAUGUCGACGCCUCCCCUCGGGCAACAUCCGAGUCUUGCUCCGGCAGCGCCUUUGCAUCCAUCGGAGCCAACCCAUCAGCCAUCUGGGAUUGCAAAUUUGGUAGCCCCCGAAAAAAUCAAUCCUUAUGCUUCCCUACAACAACCUUCCCAAGCAGCUCCGCCACCCGCCAACCAGGCUUCGAGAUACUCUCCGGCACCAACUCACAGUGCGCAUAUGGCUGGCAUCCCGCCAGCUGUCGGCUCCCGAUAUUCGCCUGCCCCGCCUGUUCCUCGUCAAGUGAGCGGCUACAGCCCAACUCGGGUUGUCUCUGGUGCGGCUCCCGCAUUGACUCACCUCCCUAGGACCUCGAGCCCUCUGGCCCAUUUCGAGACCAGCACCGAAGGCGGUCAUAUUAGGGAGCGCCGCUUGAGCAGCUCAUCUUAUGAACCUCGUUUGAAUCGUAUGCCUUCUCUUCCGCCCACGCGAGAAGUCGAUGAGGAAGAUGAUCAGUCCGUAGCAGGGGUAUCGCUGGGUAUCACUCAAGGACCACGAAACAGUUCAGUUCCUCCUACGUCGCGUCAAACCCCACCACCUUCAGCCUCUAGGGCAGGCUCGGCAACUUUGUCACCCCCUCGGCAUUCCAGUUCAAAUUAUGUUCCGGGGGCUGCUCAUCCCGGGUUCGUCCCUCCCCCAAGACCAUCAACUCAAUCUCCAGGUGGAGUUUCUUUUGCACCAAUGCCAGAAGCCACUUCUCGCCCCCCCAUGCAUUCUGCCUCAGACUCAAAGCGAACCACAGCGGUGCACUCACAUAAUAGAGCUAGGGGAACAUCUCUGAAUAUGAUCAUGGUCCCGCCUACUGAUGGACGUGAGCAUGAUCAGCUGCAACGCUGGAAAGGCGCUCCAAUACUUUCAUGGGGAGUUGGGGGUACCGUUGUUACCUCAUUUCCUAAGAGUAUCCCCAGGUACGCAAUGGGUUCCUCGACUCCCACCGUGUCCCGAGUCCCUGGUGAAGUCAAAGUUAGGAGUAUCAAAGAUGUUGAACCCCUUUCAGACCGGAUUGCUAAGUUCCCCGGCCCCCUGAAAGGCAAAUCCAAGAAGAAGGAAACAAUCGCAUGGUUGACUUCAGGGAUCGAGGAGCUCGAGAAGGAGCUCCCCAACGUUCCAUUCCAUACGGAGCUUUCACUCGAAGCGAAGCGACAGAUAGAAAAGAUUCUUUUAUGGAAGAUCCUACGAGUCUUCAUAGAGCAUGACGGAACUCUGGAGGGUAACUCGGCUGUUGAAAAAGCGGUUCGGGAGGUGCUAUCUCCAAGCAUCACCGGGUCAUCGUCCGUCAACGGUGUUUCUUACUCCCCAGAUAAAGGACUGGGUCUCUCUACUGGACCGUCUCCCCCAAUGCGAGCAGAUGGUGCAGACAGCGCAACCAUGGACCAGAUACGUGAAUCUCUUUUAAAAGGUGACAAGGAGAACGCCAUCUGGGCCGCUGUUGAUAAACGGAUGUGGGGACAUGCGAUGCUGAUCGCAAAUACAGUCUCUCCGGUACUGUACAAGCGAGUUGCACAAGAAUUUGUUCGAAAUGAGGUUAACCAAGGACACAAUAACGAAUCUUUGGCUACUCUCUACAUGAUCCUGUCAGGCAACCACGAUGACUGUGUCGACGAAAUGGUCCCCUCACAUGCUCGUGCUGGUUUGCGUCUGAUGUCAACAACAGAUGCAGGGCCGGUCAAAGACACCAUCAGUGGAUUGGACAAAUGGCAGGAGGCGUUGGCACUCGUCUUGAGCAACCGUAGCGCUGAUGACAUACGGGGAUUGCAUGCGCUUGGAAAUUUACUCGCUGGGUAUGGACGUAUCGAGGCUGCCCAUAUUUGCUUUAUCUUCAGUCGCACCGUUUCAGUAUUUGGAGGGGCAGAUGAUGCAGCCUCUAACAUCGUUCUCAUUGGCUCCGAUCAAAGACAACACAACUCUUACUUUGUCAAAGACAGUGAGUCUAUUCAACUUACCGAGGUCUACGAAUAUGGUAUGUCGCUGGCAGGAGCUGUAGCGGGCGCGCCUCAUCUGGCUUCCUACAAGUUCCACCAGGCUCUGUCUCUGGCCGAGUACGGAUACCGAGACAAGGCACUGCAGUACUGUGAAUCACUUUUGGCCGCCAUAUCUUCGAACGCUAAGAGGUCACCUUACUACACGAUGGCACUUGGGGCUCUUGUCGAGGAGUUCAUGACCCGGCUCAGUCAAGUACCCAAGGAAGAGAGCUCCUCCUGGAUUUCGAAACCUAACAUGAACAGUGUGUGGCACACAUUCAACCAGUUUGUGACCGGAGACAAGGUUGAUGCCAACGGCGCCAACAUUGGUUCUGAGAAUGAGAAGAGCCCUUUUGCCCGCAUCGCUACGACACCCACAAUUAGCCGCUCACCUUCUAUGACGAACUUCGAGAAUUUCGGCGCUGGAGCUCCUGGUUUUAUGCCGAACCUUCCUGCAGCUUCCAACUAUGCACCAGUUGCUAUCCCACCAGCAGGAUCAGGAAAUCCUUACGAACCUUCCUCACAGUAUGCUCCAGCAGCCACGCCGUCAAUAGCGUCGGGAAAUCCCUAUGAACCGACAUCACAGUAUGCACCAGCUGCUACUCCUUCAAUAGGGUCAACAAACCCUUACAACGCAUCGUCGCAGUAUGCGCCUACUCCAUUGAUAGGAUCAGGAAACUCUUACGACCCCUCCUCUCAAAACAGUCAGGGAAUGUCAGGCUCAGGACAAUAUCCCGGUUAUCCUGGUGCCAGUGAACAAGCAGGCCAUGUCGGGGCUGCUCCCCCCCAAGGUAGCCCAUAUGUACCAGCUUCUAGCUCAUUCCAGAGUUAUCAACCAGCUUCAUAUGGCGAGUCCCAGAACACUUCGGGCGAGCCCUUUUCGCCGACCUCCCAGAUAUCAAAUACUGGCUUUUACCAACCCUUAGGCAUCUCACAGCCGGCCACUAUCCCGUCAUUCUCAUCUGCCACCGUUUCAGACGCACCCUCUGCAGGCAAUUCUUACGCACCAACCUCCUUCGGGUACGAGCCUCCACAAACGAAUACAUCAACGGCAAGCCCGCAAGAAAAUGGCAACUCUCAAAACACUGAGGAGGGUGCUUCUAGUGGAUAUGAGCCACCAUCGUUCCAGCCUUAUGGAUACGAACCACCAUCAUAUCAGCCUGAUGAAGAUCCCUCGGCUGAGGCGGAGACUGAUGAUUCCAAACCCAAGAGGAGAAACUUUAUGGAUGAUGACGAUGAUGAUAUUCCUGCCCUGAAGGCAGAAAAGUCCAAGGCAGACAAAGAUCGUGAAAACGAAGAGAUGUUCCGCAAAGCCGCGGAAGAGGAUGCCAAACGCGAGGCCGAACAAAAGGCAGCGAAGAAGGGUUGGGGUUUGACCAGCUGGUUUGGGGCUGGCAAGCGGGCUGAAUCACCCAAGCCCGGCGGCGAUUUGAACUCAAAGGAGACGAAAUAUGUCCGAGCCAAACUGGGCGAACAAAGUACAUUUGUUUAUGACACUGAGUUGAAGAGAUGGGUCAACAAGAAGCCCGGUGCAGAAAAUGCGGAGGCAAAGAAGGCUACGCCUCCUCCUCCCAAAGGUGCACCUCGUUCUGCUACCAGCACGCCUCCCCCAGGCACUCCUCCACCACCCAUGGGUUCUCCCCAUUCCGGACCUCCCCCACGGUCUGUGUCUACUCCCGGCCCUACCCCUGAUUUCAGAACCGAGUCGAGCGACAGCCUUGCGCCGGCGCUCAAGUCUCCUCCCAGGCCCUCCUCAGCAGCCCCUCCUUCCGGGUUGUCGGCCAGUACACUUCCUGCCAGGCCUGCAACGAGCAUGAGCAACGCUAGCAGCAUCGAUGAUUUGAUCGGUGCUGCCGCGCCGCGCAAGCCGGGGCAGAAGAAGACCAGGAAGGGUGGUCGUUAUGUCGAUGUGAUGGCAAAAGAGUGA